AUGAAGCUCCUCCUCGCUGUGCUCUGGGCGUCGCCCCUUUUCACGGCCGCGACGGCCUCGAGGCCGCUGACCGCCGAGGCGGUGGAGGGGGACAUAACCUGGAACGGGUCCGUUGGCCUCAUCUCUUCCUUGCUCUCGCCGUCAACCGCUGACUCUCUUUCCCGCAGCCUCCAAAACGUGCUGUGGAACUUUAACCAUAUUGCGAAAAACAAUGGCGGCAAUCGGGCCUUUGGCUUGCCCGGCUACCUCGCUUCGAGGGACUUUGUCCUCGAGCGAGUGCAGGGACGGUUCGGCAAGCACCUCAAGACCGAAGUUCAAGAGUUCAAUCACACCUUUGAGACGAUGAAAAGCAUCACCCUGACAGGCCCGGAUGGCCGUGACGUUCCCGUCCUGCCGCUACUCUUCAGCAACGCUACGCCUCUGCCGGGCGGCCUCACGGCAUCGCUCAUCGACACGCCCGUAAACGAUGGCCGCGGCUCGGGAUGCUUCGAGGACCAAUGGAAAGGCAUCGACGCGACGGGAAAGAUUGCCCUCGUCAAGCGUGGCGUCUGCCCCUUUGCCGACAAGCUCAAGCUCGCCGAGGCGCACGGUGCCGUGGCCCUCAUCGUCUACGACGCGGAGCCGCCAAAGAGCAAGCCGGCGACUCCCGCGGGAAAGAAUGAAGGAGCAGAUGACGCCCACGGCGGCCACGGACACGACGGCGUCGACGAUGCUGGCAAGAAGAUCCCCAUCGCCGUCAUCGCCCACGAGACCGGCUUGGCAUGGAAGAAGCGGCUCGAGGCGGGGGGGGAUGUCCGGGUGAAGCUGAUUGUCGACUCGAUUUCCGAGCCGAGGAAAUGCUGGAACGUCAUCUCGGAGACGCUCGAGGGCGACCCGAACAACGUCAUCCUUCUCGGCGCCCACCUCGACAGCGUUCAAGCGGGCCCCGGCAUCAACGACGACGGUAGUGGCUCCGCCGCGCUGCUGGAAAUAGUUGGCUCUUUCAAAAAGUUCAAGGGCUUCCCGAACAAGGUUCGCUUCGCCUGGUGGGGAGCGGAAGAGAGCGGCCUUGUAGGAUCUCUCUACUACACGUCCAAGCUGAGCGAAUCCGAGGCCGACAAGAUUCGCUUCUACUUCAACUACGACAUGAUUGGCAGCCCAAACGCCAGCUACGCCGUCUACAGGGACAACGACGCGGACCUCGUCGGCGCCGCUCCGCUGGUCGAGCAUCUUCGGAAGAACAACAAACCGGCCGAGUAUCGGCCAUUUGGAAGCUCGUCCGACUACGUCGGCUUCCUCCGCCUCGGCAUCCCGAGCAGCGGCAUCUUCACGGGCGCCGGCGGAACCGCCGACCCUUGCUACCACAAGCCCUGCGACGACCUCAACAACAUCAACAAGGAGGCCAUGCUGGCCAACACCAAGGCGGCCGCGUACGUGGCCGCCAAAUUCGCUCUCAGCCUCGAGGGUGUGCCGGCGAGAAACAAGACCAAGGCCAACCCAAGGCCGAAGAGGGAGAUGCAUGCAGGCGGCGGCGGCGGCGGCGGCGGCGGCGGUUCGGAACGGAGGAAGAAUGGACGUCAGACGAACACGGCUGAGAUUUACGAAAUGCCCCGAGGCUUGUCGCGCGAGCGUCGAGAGAAGAUGGCCGAGAGAUGCGAUGGAACGAGAAUGAAGCCGGCGACGACGACGACGCCCAUGUCCAUGGCGGUCAUGGUCGGCACGACGAAGACAUGCGCCUUGAAUCUCUGUGGAACCAUCCAAGAGGGCUACAAACAAAUUUACCAUGGCACUUGCUGCCUGCAAAUGCAUUUGGGCUUCAUGCUGACCACGCGGACCGCCGUGACCGCCGGAGCCGCCGUGACUGCCGGAGCCGCCGUGACUGCCGGAGCCGCCGUGACUGCCGAGGCCGCCGUGACUGCCGAGGCUGCCAUGUCUACCAGAGUCACGACGGGCCAGAUGGCCGUCACUUACGCCUUGGUGUGA